CCACAGAGAGCGGAGGCCGAGAGAGACGCACUCAGAGGCCGACUGAAGACUGCUGGAUCUGGUUCUGAAGCUCUGCUGGCAGGUCUGGAUCAUGGUGGAAGCAACGUUCAAAGCGGCGGCUGUUCUGCUGCUGCUGGUCCUGCAGAGCUGCGUGGCUAACCAUGUGUUCCUCAGCAGCCAGGAGGCGUCGCAGGUGCUGGUCCGCAGCCGACGAGCCAAUCAGGUGUUUGAGGAGAUGAAACCAGGGAACCUGGAGAGGGAGUGUGUGGAGGAAGUCUGCAGCCAUGAGGAAGCCAGAGAGGUGUUCGAGCAGAGGGAGAAAACAGAGAAAUUCUGGGUGAAGUAUCUGGACUGUAAAGGAACUACGAAAAGAACAAAAGAAAGCAUCGGCAUUGUCAGAGAAUGUAUUGAAGGUCAGUGUGUAUCCGGUCAUGGAGUCAACUACGAAGGCGACGUCAACAUCACACAAUCAGGAAGAGUGUGUCAGCACUGGAGGCACAGAUUCCCACAUCCCAUCUACAGGGAGUAUAAUGCUUCCGAGCCAGGCAGCAUCCUGCAGGAGAACUUCUGCAGGAACCCUGAUAAAAGUCCAAAUGGACCCUGGUGUUUCACCAAAGACCCAACAGUCCAGAAAGAGACCUGCAGGGUACCAAAAUGUGGUAAGGACUUUGUUCCGCCUACUGUGGCUCCAGAACCAGUUAAAACUUCAAAGUGUUUGCCCAGUAAUGGCAUAGACUACGCUGGUGACCUGAGCGUUACCUUGGGAGGUCAAACCUGUAUGCAGUGGUCAUCACAUGAGCUCGUCCCCCACAGUAAGGACAAAGAGUUCCUCCCUGAGGUGGAGCUGCCAGGCAACAAGUGCAGAAACCCUGACAAUGAUCCUGAGGGCCCCUGGUGCUACGUGAAGGUUUCUGGUAACAUAACGAUGGACUACUGCGAUGUGGAGAUAUGCGAUGAUUCGCUGGUUGAGGGAGAUGACACAGGGGACGGUAAAGCCACCGAGCGCUCCGUCUCAGCUCCUGCCAGGAAACUCUUCUUCAGUCCUCGCACCUUUGGAGAAGGAGAAAGUGACUGCGGGCGCCGCCCCCUUUUUGAGAAGAUAAACAAAAAAGAUGCGAAGGAGGAUGAGCUGCUGGAAUCGUACAGAGAGAAACGCAUCGUUGGGGGCGAUGAUGCCGAGGUGGCCUCAGCACCAUGGCAGGUGAUGCUGUACAAGCGCAGCCCGCAGGAGCUGCUGUGUGGAGCCAGUCUGAUCAGCGACCAGUGGAUCCUCACCGCAGCCCACUGCAUCUUCUACCCGCCCUGGAACAAGAACUUCACCUCCAACGACAUCCUGGUCCGCCUGGGGAAGCACAACCGAGCCAAGUUUGAGCGUGGCAUUGAGAAGAUUGUUGCGAUUGACCAAAUCAUCGUCCAUCCCAAAUACAACUGGAAGGAAAACCUGGACCGGGACAUCGCGCUGCUGCACCUGAGACGACCGACCGCCUUCACCAAUGAAAUCUACCCCAUCUGCCUGCCCAACAAGCAGGUUGCCAAGACCCUGAUGAAUGAAGGCUACAAGGGCAGAGUGACCGGUUGGGGAAAUCUGAAGGAAACCUGGAACCCUGCAGCAAGAAAUUUACCCACAAACCUCCAGCAAAUCCACCUGCCGAUAGUGGACCCGGACAUCUGCCGCAAGUCCACAUCAGUCAGGAUCACAAACAACAUGUUCUGUGCUGGUUUUAAACCAGAAGAAAGCCAGCGAGGGGACGCCUGCGAGGGGGACAGCGGAGGACCUUUUGUUAUGAAGUACCCGGCUGAGAAUCGCUGGUACCAGAUCGGCAUCGUGUCCUGGGGCGAAGGCUGCGAUCGUGAUGGAAAGUACGGCUUCUACACCCACCUGUUCAGGAUGGGCAGGUGGAUGAGGAAAAUUAUUGAUAAUACGGGAGGAGACGGUGACGAAUAGACGCAACCACAUCAGACAUCCAUCACUUCCUGUCCUCCUUGUAAAGCAAGAUGUUGCUAAUAAAGUUUGUCCAUCUACCA